AUGAAGCUAUAAAGCACAAAAGGUACAAGAUCUCAAAGAUACUAUUAAGCACGAAUACAAGCACAGCUUGCAGUCACCCAAGAUCGGAGCAAAUCAUAGAAGACGGUUCGUCGCACCGGAUCAAAACUUAGUCUGUGGAAGCUAUUCGUACCGUUAAGAAGUGAAGAUCUUGAGUAAAUUUGAAAUCACAAAGCGAAGAUAAUAAAAUAAAACUUAGUUAAGCUUCGCAAAUAAAGAAAACGAUUUAUCUUCUGUAGACUCUAACAAAAACAAAAUGUCGCUAAGAAUGAAUGAAACGAAUACCAUUGUUGAUCGAAUGGUCAACUUUUUUGUGGAGCAUGAAGAUAUGCGAACAAAAACGUGGUUUCUCUCAAAUGCACCGGGACCAUUAUUUAUGAUACUAGGAGCGUACUUAUAUUUCUGCCUAUAUGCCGGACCACGCUAUAUGCGUGACCGUAAACCGUAUGAACUGAAAAACACAUUAGUAGUAUAUAAUGCCGUACAGGUUAUAUUAAGUUGGGUGCUAUUCUAUGAGGGUUAUAAAGGCGGUUGGGGUGGUCAUUAUAAUUUCCGUUGUCAACCAGUAACCUAUGCCACAGAUCCAACAUCUAUGCGGAUGGCACGUGCUGUAUGGUUAUAUUAUAUUGCUAAAAUUACUGAACUGCUGGAUACUGUGUUCUUUGUUUUACGUAAAAGACAACGUCAAAUUUCAUUCCUUCAUUUAUAUCACCACACUUUAAUGCCAGUCUGCGCAUUUGUUGGCGUUAAGUACUUCGCUGGUGGUCAUGGAACUUUACUCGGUUUCAUCAAUUCUUUCAUUCAUAUAAUUAUGUAUGCUUAUUACCUGCUCUCUGCUAUGGGUCCCAAAGUACAAAAGUAUUUGUGGUGGAAAAAAUAUAUCACUAUUCUACAAAUUGUUCAAUUUCUAAUCAUUUUCGUACACACAUUACAAAUCCAAUUUCAACCCAAUUGCUCUUUCCCGAAAUCUAUUGCUGCACUACUCACCUUUAACGCCGGUCUAUUUACUUAUAUGUUCUCUUCAUUUUAUAUUAAAAACUACAAUAAAGAAGCUGCCAUUAAAGCUAAAGCUGCUCAGAAACUGGAAUAAAACUAUACGAUGUCCACAAACAACUCGAAAAGGAUACGUUUCUCUUCAACAACACUGCAUUGAGUUUUUGGUCAAUGCUCUUCUUAUUGGGGUCUGAACAAAAUACAAUUAAUAUUUUUACAAUUUGUGAAUUUAUUGUGGGGUAAUUAUUUAGUUUUUUUAGUGUAGAUAUAUAGAGUCUGUAGAACACAACGCGUAUUUGUAGAUAUUAUCAUCAUAGGUGUUACUAGCUUGUAGACAAUUCGUAUAGGAUAUGUUUUAUGUAAGUAAGUGAAGUGUACUUAGCAUGACCGUGAGAACAAUUUCACUCCGUUCUCAGUUCAGUUAAACUGCUGCAUGGAACGUGCAAUAGAACCAAAAAUUAUGCAUUAGUUUUAUUAAUUCAUAUUGUUAUUAGUAUUACUUUCAAAUAACGUUAAAAAAGAACGCCAAGAAUAUAACAAACAAUCACAAAUUAAAAAUUCGUCCUUAAAACACCGAAUGCCAACGAAAGGAUUUGUAUGUAAAUUUUGAAAAAUCAAAAUUUUAAAAUCUAUGUUUUCUUAUUU